CAUGUGUCAGUCAAAAUAGGCAGUUGGCAGUGCAGUGAGUGUGAUGUGGUGGUGUCCGACAAAAAUCCGGUUUUAAUUGUCAAUGUUGAGAGGGGCUGUUGUUGGUAUCACUGGGCUGCCACUAACACUCCGCAGCUAUGGGCAAGCUGCUUUCCAAGAUCUUCGGCAACAAAGAGAUGCGAAUUCUCAUGCUCGGCCUCGACGCUGCCGGCAAAACCACUAUUUUGUACAAAUUGAAGCUGGGCCAGUCCGUGACGACGAUACCCACUGUUGGGUUCAACGUUGAGACAGUCACUUAUAAAAACGUCAAAUUCAAUGUUUGGGACGUGGGUGGGCAAGAUAAAAUCCGACCUCUGUGGCGCCACUACUACACGGGAACGCAGGGGCUCAUUUUCGUAGUCGACUGUGCGGACAGAGAUCGCAUCGACGAAGCCAGGCAAGAGCUGCACAGGAUCAUCAAUGACAGGGAAAUGAGAGAUGCCAUCAUUCUAAUAUUUGCCAACAAACAAGACCUACCAGAUGCCAUGAAACCGUAUGAAAUCCAGGAGAAACUUGGUUUGACGAGGAUACGUGACCGAAAUUGGUAUGUGCAGCCAUCGUGUGCCACCACUGGUGAUGGACUUUACGAGGGCCUCACGUGGCUUACGUCGAACCACAAAUUAUGAGAAGGGACCUAAUCCCCACUUGAGUAAGGAGACACACACGCACUGGGUGUUGUCGUCGCCUCUCGGCCUUGGUCUGCCUGCCAGCCAGCUCUCUUCCAGCAUUGACAAGCUGUCGAGAGACCGUGAUGACACCUGCAAGUGGGGAUUAAGAGGCUCCAGUCCGAAAAGUCUGCAAAAUUGAAAGAGAGAGACUCCUGUGCGAGAUGUCCAGAACUUGUACUCUGUGUGCGUGGUAGCGUGUAAAAAAUUGUGUGGAUGCUUUCAGUGAGAUUUUAAUGAAUCAUGUAACUACUACAUAUUAUAAUUAGAUGGAUGCAUAAAAUUGUACAGUUUAAUUACUAGUUUUACUCUGGAUAAUGUGCUGUACAUUAUUAUUAUUACACAACAGCAAGCGCGACACUUUUGUUAGCUUCUUAGUUAACAAAUUCUGCUAAAAAAAUGCAUUAGCAAACAUAACUAUAGAUUUCACAUUCUAGAGUUGUGAGAGAAAAAAAGAGAAUGCAAAAUUAGAAAUAAUUAUGCAGCUUUAGUGACAUUGCCAAAAGCUGAUAUCGACGGGCUGCGGAAAUUACUCAUUGUGUCUGGGCCAGUUCAGCUUGUACCUCGCAUUUUGAAACUGGCCGUGUUGUUAAAAGUGUCAAUAGACUGCAAAGAUUUUUCCGUCUCAUAACUUCCUUUUUGACAUAGGAAAUUUAAUAAUUGAAUUACAGCCCGCAGAUCCUCAGCCCUGAUUAUUGCUCUAAUUCCAAAGUAUGAAAAAUGAAACAUAAUUUUUUGAAAUGAUUGUGUCACCUGUAUUGUUGAGAAAAGCCUAUUGAAAGAAACUUGUUACUUUCCAUUGCUAAUGAUGUGAUAGCUAAAAUAUAAUUAAUGUGACCGAAAUAAGAAAGAAAGAAAGAGCAGUAGCUUUGGAAAAAAGAAACUCGUACGCCAUGGUGUAACUAAUUAAAUGCUUCAUACUAAUUAACUAAUUGAUGCAAAUUGUGCACGGGGACAAAAAGAAUAAAAUAUGUGAUUGCCUAAAGCAAUGAUUUAACUUAAGCUGCAAAGAAUUUAAAAAAAGUAAAUUGUGGCAAUAUGACAAAAAUAGAUAAAUUUUGGAAAUAGUGCAAAAUUUCUGCUAAGCAAGCUUACUCAAGUGUAUGAGAAUUCUCUUCACAUUGUUUCCAGUCUCUCUGGCUAUCAUUUUUAUUUGCACAGCUCUCAUUUGGGCACUGCAGUGGACGAGUAAAUGAGUGUCUCUAUGGUAGUUUUUUCUUGGCCUAUUGAAAUUAUUAUACUUGUUUGGUUAAACAUUGUUGUUGAAAGGUUUCGAACUCAAACAACCUUCAAGGGUUCGCUAUUCCAAUUGACAUAUUUAUAAAAAAAGAAACAUAACAAUAAACAAUAUUUCAUUUUUUAAUGAA